CCCGGCUUCGCGCUUCCCACACCUCGGGACGGGCCGCCGCCUCUCCCCGCGCCGCUCCGGGAAGAUGGCGCUUCGUGAGGAGGCUCGUACGCCCGCGGCGGCCCGGCAAGCAGAGCGGCGGGGACCUGCCCUACGCAUGGGGGAGCGCCGGGUUGUGUCGCGGCGGGGCCGCGGGGGGCUGUGGCGGUUCGGGAGCUGGGGAGAACAGAGGUAGUAGACUCUGUCAGAACCAGAAGUACUGUUUAGCAGCCACCUAUAUGAAGGCACUGAUGGAGCCCAGCAAAUGCAAGCAGAGAAGGUCCUCUUGGAGCUUAUUGACAGUCCAGGAUGUCUUAGCCAGUGCAGACUUCUGUUAGAACAAGUAAUGAUUUUAAAAUCCCUCUUUACAGGAAAUUACAUUCUGACCUACGUAGCAUCUCAACCCUAACUGGCUCUUGUUCAAGUCAUUGCUAAAAUUACAAAAUCGGGAUUGUUUGAGGUACUGAAACAUUUCAUCUUCAGAGAUGUUAUUGCUGAUUUAAAAAAAUUUCUGUAGGGCACUGUGGACCAUUGUAUAAUAGGAAAAAUGAUUCUCUCAGAACUGACUCAGGAAAUUAAUCUAGUUGAUUAUUCAAUACCUUCAGCAAAACAUCAAAAAAUAGCUACCUCAUUCUGGGACACCUUUCUAAAGGACACUGCAUGCUCUCCUUUGAAGGAGCUCUUGGUAACGCCUUUAACUCUUCAGGACCAACAGCAACGAAAUCCAGCAGUGCAGCUUUUGAAACUUGUACUAAACCACCUUAAUUUUUAUAUCAUUGGAAAUUCAGCUGAUGAAUCUGCCGAUGACCUAUGCACUGUGCAGGUUCCAACAAACUGGAGAACAAGUAAGAAAAGAACAUCACUGUUAGUACACUGGGAGUUUGCUCCAAAUAGUGUUCAUUAGUUGCAAACUCUAGCAAAGAAUGGUAGCAUCUGUGUGCAAACAGCAGAACCCCACUUCUUAGAUACAUGUGCACCCCAGAUAACAAAAGCUUAUAUUACUUCUAGACUGGAAUGUGUGCCUGAAGUUAUAAGGGCCAUGGAGUUGAGUAAUGGGGAAAAGUGGAAUGAACCUCAUACACAAGAAAGGGUGAGACAAAUAGAACAAGGAUCAAGAAUUGAUAGUACCUGGGGGAGCUCCCAGUGGUCAAGUGCUAGGACAGAGAAGGACAACCAGCUAAUUGCAGAAAUCACAGUUCAGGAUGGCUGUCUGGCAUGGCUUAUCUGUUUUGUGGGUGCUUUUGUGGAGAGUGAUUUAACACAUGGUAAUGCUGAUGAACACGAUGCCAUGGAUGGUUUAUCCUGUCGAGUUUUUCAGCUAGUAUCUUUGAUGGACGCCCACUUACCACACUCUAAUAAUGAAAAAGAAGAACUGGCAAUUUUGUGGUUCAUGGAUCAGUUCUGUAAAACAUACGUGGAAGACCAGCUUCAGCCCACCUCGAAGGUGUACACCAGAAUGUCAGAAAACUUAGGAGUAACAGAUGACAAUCAUGUUUUGGAAACUUUUAUAGCAAAAAUAUCUCACUCUUGUUUUAUUUAUUCUGGUGUUACAAAUCUUAAAUUCUGGGGAAGGUGUGAGACUGUGAUUUCAAUAACUCUUCAAUUUCUAAAUGACCUUUCUGUAGGUUACAGUCUUCUGUAAAGGCUUGUGAAAAUAGAGUCUGUGAAAUUCAUGCUUCAGAACCACACAAGUAAACACUUCUCUUUCUUGGGCAUCAGUGCUAAUUACAGCCUCAGUGACUUCAGGUGCAUGACAGUGUUCUUUCUGGUACUGACCAAAAUGCUAAUGAUGUGAUGCUUUAGCUGUUUUUUUUGUUUUCCUGUUGGUGAAGACAAGGAUGAGUCUGAGAAUUUCAUGCUCCCUCUCACACAGUUUGGUUUGAAAGCAUGACAAAUAUUCAGCAGUAGUUUUGAACAAGAAGCAGAAAAGAUACGUAUGUUGAUCGGGCUGGCAAGGGAUCUUCCAGGGAUUGCCUUUGCUCUGAACACAAAGACCAGCUACACCAUGCUGUUCCACUGGAUGGAUCCUGAUUACCCAAGUUCUGUCCUACAAAGAGCUAUUGAACUCUGGUACUGUGAACCUGUGUGCACAACUCCCAUCUUAAGGAUGAUGGCAGAAUUCAUGCAAAACAAAUCACAGCGUUUAAAUUUUGAUGUAUCCUCUCCAAAUGGAAUUCUUCUCUUCAGAGAAGCUAGUAAAAUGAUUUGUACAUAUGGUAGUAAUCAGAUCCUCUCUCUUGGGACUUUGUCAAAAGAUCAGGUUUAGCUGUUGAAACUCAAGGGCAUUUCCAUCUGUUACGCUUCACUCAAAUCUGCCUUAUGUGGAAAUUAUGUUAGCUUUGACAUCUUCAAGUUGUAUGGGGACAACCACUUUGACAAUGUACUUCAGGCUUUUGUCAAAAUGGUGCUUUCAGGAUCCCACAGUGACUUGCUAAAAGUUAGAGCAUUAUCUUGAGCUUAUUUUAAGCUACCAGUCUUAGUGGAGUGUCUGACCCAAGAUCACAUGAGUUUCAAACAGUUUCACAGUUCAGAACCUCACAUCCUAAUCUGUAUUCUUACCUCAAUAUCUGACAGACUUACUGCAGUAGAUACAAUUGUCUCCUCCAGCUGUUGUGCUAGUUUAGACUACAUUGUCACCUACCUCUUCAAGCACCUUGCUGAAGAAGGCAAGAAUACAAGAUGUAGAGAGAUUUCACAGGAUGGACAGAGGCUGCUUCAUUUCAUGCAGAAGAACCCAGAAUUGCUACAGCGGAUGAUGUCAAUCCUAAUGAACACCAUCAUAUUUGAAGACUGCAGAAACCAACAGUCUGUGUCAAGACCACUGCUUGGACUUCUACUUCUCAGUGACAAAGACUUCAGUGAAUUAAGAGCAACUUUGAGAGCCAGCCAGCCAGAGAACAAGAGAGAAGUCCUUGGCCAGUGCUUCAGGAGUUUUAUGGAAGGAGUUGAGCAAAACCUUUUGGUAAAAAAUAGGGACAGAUUCACUCAGGAGGUGUCUAUCUGCAGAGAUGGGGCUGAAGCUCUGCACAGUGAAGUGACCGUGGAGCCUGGCCCUGCAGAUGUGAUGAGUUGAUGGUGAAUUUGGAAGCCAAGCACUAACAAAUCAACUCUGAAAGUCUGGGACCCUGUUAUAUUGUUAGACAGAUUUUUGACCCGUGUGAAAACUUUUUUUAAGAUACCUUCUGCCUUUUUAUAUCUCUGGCCUAAAUGUAAGGAUUUAUACUAGUGAAAACAAUGGCAAAUCAGACUUGGUUUGAAGAA